AUGGCGGUUGCUGAUUAUGUAUCCCAGAAUGAUGUGGUUGAUGAAAUAAGAGAAGAAUUUAGAUUGCAGAAUUUUGUUUUCCCAAUCAAAAAAUUUAAUCUUUUCAAUAAAUGCCAAUUGAUAAUGUUGAAAAUAAGCAUUUUCAUCGAAUGGAUGGCUCGAUACGUUGGUUACUGCGGCUCACUAGUGGUUGUCGUUUGCUAUUAUUUACUGGAGGUGAGAGUGGCAGGUACUUCAGGGAAUUCCCUCUUUGACAUCAAUUCCCACAUCUUGGUCAACAUUAUCGUCCUGCUUGACUUGUUGCUAUCCGCUGCUCCAUUCAAAUUGCUUCAUUUUGUUUGGGUAACCAUGGCCGCCUUGUUGUACACAUUGUUCACUUACAUUUAUUUUAGAAUGUACGAUGAGAUUUUAUAUUACACAAUUUUAAACUGGAGAGAUCCUUCUAUGGCCUCGUUGUACAUGAUCUUCGGCUCUCUAUUGUGCACCAUAUUUCUCUACUGCAGUUAUUUAAUGAGAAUCGUCCUCUACAAUAAAUGGAGGCAGUCUAAAAAAAUAAAAAAAGUUGUAAUGUUCUACCCGAGUUACUAA